AUGCCCUCACGAUCCGAACACAAUUUCGACGAUGACGAUGAAUAUCGAACCGAAGAUAAUGAGAACGUUGAAGACGAAGAAAGGCGUGAAGAUGAAGGAGACGAAGCCCAAGAAGAAGAAGAGACUGAGCUUCGGUCCACGACACAAAGCCGUAAGCGACGCGCGAUAGCCUCCCUUCCUUCAGCACCGGUGGCAAAGAAGAGAGGACGAGGCAGACCAAAAGGGUCGGGGAACAAGCCUAAGGCCGUCCCUAAAGACCCAACAGCACUCGGACGGAAGACGGCUAAGGAUAAGAAGCUCAGCAAGGCCAAGCUAAAGUCGAUGAGCGAAUUGAGGCGAGCCCAGAUGGCCGCUCUCACUUAUGAAGUUAUGAUACGCCGAUCACAUUUGCUCGGAUGGAAGCGCAUGCCGGCCCAGAUGUUGCCAACUUUGACGCGGGUUGGACUCGAGCGGAUGAAUGCGCAAUCGGGUAUCAUGACUCCACGGAGAAGCGAGACAUAUGUGCAGUGGACAAGCGCCGUCAUGAUCCCCAACUCCUUUUAUGGAAGUACUGUCUUUCCGUGUGUCAGCGGUCUCCAUUUGAUAUUCUAUCCCCUCGCCGAGGUCUCUGCUAUGUACCGUCAAAGGAUGACGGUUCGAUGGUCGUCUGGAGCAAAGAGUUCUGCCGAGAGCUCACGGACAUCCUUUCUCACCGCAUAUGGAAUGGUGACGUUAAUGCUCUGGAAGGUUCCAUCAACCAGGUUUCGAGAAAGCCCAACAGAUCUUCUCAGGGCAGAGCUGCAGGUCUCCACUGCGCUCCUACAAACUUCCAUCCACGAGCUCCACAAGGAUAUCCGCGACAACAGAAGCCCAGACAUCAUCCACUGCCAGCUUUCGAACCUGAUGAUGAAGAUUGCAGACGUUGCUGCGAUGCGAGUGAAGUCUGGAUAUAAUAAGCGCUGGCACAAGACCAAGGAGAAUCACGAUGGAUAUGAGGUGUAUGGUGUCACGAUAGCAGACCUGGGCAUUAUCAAGGAGGCAAUCGAGAGAUCCACGGGUGUUAGCCCAGAAACAUCAUUUGAUGCAUACAAGGCGAUCCGACCCAUCCCCAAAGACAUAUUGGACACUGUUCAAUUCAGGGGUCUCAUGAGGCGAGCGUGGCUUCACGAGAAGCGCCUUGUUGACAUCGACAAAGGCCGGAAUGGUCGAUCAGGAACACAAGCUGCGAGGUUUGCAGUCGCUCUUCCGGCCUUGGAAAAUUCGAGGCGUGAUGAAUUUGAAGCGGAACAGGAUGGGGUGAAUGGCGAGAUUCGAUCAGAAGGAGGGGAAGAAGUCAGUGAGGCCAGCAACACCGGCGAGGAAAGUUCUCUUGAUGAAGGAGAUGACUUUGGUGAUGGUGGUCAUGGCGUUGACCUUGUGAUAAGAGCCUCUGGUCAUGAAGAACACCACUAUAGCUAUGAGCCUGAUCAACCACUGCAAUCUGUUGAGAGCCCGCCCGACUCUGCCUCAGUCAAGCCCGAUAUUACAGAACAUCAGUCACUGCUGUACAAUAGCUUCGAAAUUUACGCGAGAUACUCGGCCAAGCUCGAGAUGACUGAUAACGACAAACCGAAGAAGUCCCAGAAAGACCUACAGAACAAGGACAAGGGCAAAGAUGACGACAAGCAGCUCACGAGUCGUGCUGAGUCGUAG